GUGUCCUGGACGCCCGCUAUCAGCGGUUUAAAUGUCCGCUCGGUGGCCGCUAUCGUGGCGAGAUGAGUGCUGUUGUUUUCUUCGGCUGUACUUUCAUCGCCUUCGGGCCGGCUCUGGCGCUGCUACUGAUCACCGUGUUCGGGGACCCGCUGCGGGUCAUUAUCCUGGUGGCCGGGUCCUUUUUCUGGCUGGUGUCCUUGCUGCUCUCCUCUCUGCUCUGGUUCAUCGCUGUCCAGCUCAGCAACAAGGACAACGCCAGCGUGCAGCGCGGGUUACUGAUCAUGGGUGCCGGGGUCUCCGUCCUCUUCCAGGAGGCCUUCCGCUUUGCCUACUACAAGCUGCUCAACAGGAAAGCUGACCAGGGCCUGGUGGCCAUAAGUGAGGAUGGAAGAUCGCCCAUCUCCAUUGGCCAGAUGGCAUACGUUUCAGGCCUUGCCUUUGGAGUCAUCAGUGGUGCCUUCUCCGUCAUCAACGUCCUGUCUGACUCCCUGGGGCCAGGAGUGGUGGGGAUUCACGGGGGAUCGCCCUACUUCUUCCUGACUUCAGCUUUCUUCACCAUGGCUCUGGUCCUCCUGCACACCUUCUGGGGCAUUGUGUUCUUCGACGCGUGCGAGAAGGGGAAGUGGCUGGUGCUUGCUGUUGUUGUUUCGAGCCACGUGCUGACCUCCGGCCUGACGUUCCUGAAUCCCUGGUACGUGGGAAGCCUUGUUCCGAUUUACGGCAUCGUGGUUGCCAUGGGAGCGUGGGCCUACUGCACAGCUGGAGGAUCGGCACACAACAUCUGGCGUUGUGUCACAUGCCAGCAGGAAUCCGACCCUCACAUUCUAGUGUACUCGACUCUUCAGUCCCCAGCUGAGGAUUGAAGACGGGAGAAUGAGUGGCCCUGAACUCCCCCCCCACCCACCCACAUCCCAUCCCUUCCCUUCCUUUGACACUGGAGCCCACUUCCCUAGGGGAAUGCCUAGAUCUGGAUGGCGUCUGCUGUGGACUCACUGGUCUGGCAAGAAGCCAACUCGACCCUGGUCACCACCAGAAGAAGAAACGGUGACUGUCGGCGAGAAGGCAAGUGGCUACUGAGCACAUGAUGAGACUUCGGUUCGAACUCCACGGCGCGUCGCUGUGUUUCUUCGAUUUUCAUUUUGACUACUGGUACAUUUCCUUUCAUUAAGGCGGUUUGAGUUUGCCUGUGGGCACAGAGGUGAGCCACUAGACUGGCUGUUUCCAGUUUCUUUCGUGAGGCUUUGAGAGUUGCUAUUCCUGUUGGGUCUUUGGAGCAAGAGGGGGCUUGGGUGAACGGCUACCCUGCUGCUACACACGAGGGGAGGUGAAGAACCCCACCCCACCCCACCCCCUGCUUCCCCACCCCACUGAAGCAGGAUCUUUGUCAUUCACUCCUCUGUGAUGUCGGACCUCAAACAGGGGUGGGGGUUAUUGUGCCCUUCCACCUGCAACCACCAGUCAAACUUUGCCUCCCAAAUUCAACCCGAGGGCAAAACUCCCCUCUCUGUUCCCCGGAUGGUCAGUUGUGCGGAUGGGGUGGGGGAACGUUCCCUUGUCCUAUGUGUCUCCCCCAGGAUCUGCCACCACCGCCACACUUUACGGCCAGUGGGUCCCCGAAAGGUGGCUGCUGUUGUGUGCAGCGGCUCUUGGACCAUUGGUGGAGGGUGGCUCAGAAGGGCAGGAGGAGGCUGCUCAGCCCAUCCUGUGCAGCCUAACCCCCACUUCCCAUCUCCUGUAACAUCACGGUGUUGCAAUUGAUCCCAGAAGAGGCAGAGGAAACAUAAACCCCUGGCUCUGCCGUCCUCCUGAAUUGUCACAGGGCUGGGACCUGUACUUCUAUUUUCCCUGCACCCAACGAGGUCUGAGCCCCAGGAAGGUUUGGGGCCCCUGUUGUAGGUGUAAGUAGCACAGUACUACUCUGGCAGUAAAUAGGCUGCCCUUGGACGAGUCCUCCCUUCAAAAUGACUGUCCCCACCGAGGGCCGUGACUGAAACCUUGAAGUACCUGGUGGUGUGUUGUGACCAGAUGUGAUAAGGGGAAUAAAAAGCCUUCUUUGAAGCCUUUUAAGAAAUUUAAAAAAAAAAUAAAAAUCCUCACCAUAAAUCGGGUUCUCAUGGGCUUUUGUGCCCAGCUCCCUUGGUGCAAGCUUCAAUACGGCAGGAGAGACUUCUUCGUGUUUGUCUGAAACAUUGGGUACUGCAACUACAUGACUGGAUUCUGUGUCAAAGUGCACGCCUGUUCUCAACGGAGCAUUUAAUAUUUCAUUUAAAAUACAUCGACGAUAUUUU